CUUUAUACCUGUAAAAGGGAGUGUUUUUUCGAAGUGAAAGAUAACAUGCCCGUUUGAUACCGGUUAAAGUAAACGGCAGAACAUUUAGAGGAAACGGACAAUAAAAGGGAUAUUUAAAAUCUGAAAGUAUUUACACUAUGGCGACUUCAUCAACAUAUUGUGACAGUACUGAUACAGUCUAUUUUAAAUGUUCAGAGUCGUUGAUUACGUGUCAGCUUUGUACAGAUAAAUUUGAAAGUCCAAGAAUUCUACCAUGUCAGCACACAUUUUGUAAGAAAUGCGUCGUUUCCUUGUUAACGAUGCAUUGUUUGGAUGAUAAUGGAAACACAAGAAAAACUUCAUUCCCAUGUCCAAAUUGCCGACGGGAAUGUAAAAUACGACAAAAAGGAAAGCACAGUAUAGAAGCACAUCUCAAAUGUUUCCCCGAAAGCCUUUUACUGAACACUGUUCUUGAAUCAGUGGUGGAAAAGCCCAGAGGUGAGUUUGGCAAAGUAGGAAAGGAGACAGAAAAUUACAAUUCUAAGUGUUCAUGUGACAAAAAUGACGAUAAACAAAAAUCUCAAGUGAAAGAGAUCGAGAAGAGACAGAUCUGUUUUAACAUUCUAUGUAGUUUACAUGUGCUUCUUUUCUUAACUCAUGUACAUCUUUUCUGUUUAAAUUCACUGAAAACGGUUUCUAAAUCAACUUACGUAUUCUUUUUCAAAAAACUGUUAGCAAUCUUUAGAAUAAAGAAUGCUAUGAAUAUAAACAAACAUCCUGAUUUAAAGCAAUUUGAUAUUGAAAGCAAUGCAGCCGAAGAAGCAGCACAGCUUGAACGUCAAACAAAUUUAUUUAUUGAUAACAUUGAUCUAACCGAGGAAAAUGACACUGAAAUUAUUCUAAAAAAUGCCCAAACACAGACAGAGGACGCGGAUAUUGCGUUUCCUCUACUCAGUAAACUUGUUAUCAAAUCUUUACUUGUAAAAAAUUCGUCUAUCGUGCAAUGGUUAUUGAACUAUUUGUUUGAAAAACGUGAUAUAAAAGUGGUUGAUUUUAGUCUUUGCAUUUCUGUGCAAUCUAGAAAGAUUAUAUUCUGGUACCUGCUCAUCAAAUUAUUUGAUAUAUUUACGAUGCUUUAUAUAGCAAAACAGUCUUUUACCAUGCCAUUUUUCCUGUUCUUAAUGUGUUAUGUUAUUCUUCUUGUGUUCUCCAAAAGAAUUAAGCUUUACGUUGACAGAGGUCUCUAUAUAAGGAGCGCAUUGCCACUUUUCCCGAUAUUUCUGAUUUGUUUGAAUUUCUUCUCAAAUCUUAAUAGGUGUAUUCUUUAUUUAAGCUGUUUGGUGUUCAUUAAUUUUUGGCUGUUAGUGAGGCUCUUAUUUUUCGAGUUUCUCCCGUACCUGACUAUUUUUGCUACUUUUAAAAUCCUUGAUUUCUGCAAUAAAGGCCAUUUAGCCAGACAAUAUGGACCAUGUGUACAAAUAAUAAGUGUUAAACAAAAAAGGAGAAACAUAUUUUUAUAAGAAAAAUGUUUUCAAAAACUAUUUCAUAGGUUUAUUGAAACGAAGAUAUCCUAUGUAGAAUUAUCACUAAUUUACUAUGGACGGGGGUCUGUUUCUUUUGAAUGGCCAAAACUGCGUCAAAAACAUUAUCAAACAAAUGUGUGGCAUGUCUAGAGAGUUUCAAAAAUAUGAAUUUCUGACGCAAAAUAUGCCUUUAAGUUAAGACAUAUAAAUAUGCAAGUACACAUGAUGAAGUUAAAUGAUGUGAUUCUUCAAUCAGUUGUUGCCUCAUGUUGAGGAAAUAAAACAACUUUUAGUUAGCAAUAUGAAAAAAAAAACCUUGAGGUAAAUAAAAUAAAAGAUUAUCUCGUUUCAGUGUCAUUCUGUAUUACAUUUAUAUGAUUUUAAAAAAAGAAGUUAGAAUUCAAUUGCAUAAAAAACUUUGGGUACAUGUUUUGUUCAUUCAUAUACAAUAAUCACUAUGCUAGAAAAUCAUUUAACCUUUUACCCCAUGAGCAUAUUGUGAAAAAUGGCCAUUUUCAUUGAAAAGCCUCCUGUAACAAGUUCAAACUGCUAUGAAACUGUGAAAAAUGCUUUAAUACUAAUGAAACUUGGCACAAAUGUUGACUACACCUUAGCCUCUGUAACAGCAUGCUCAAUGGUAAAUUUCCUGAUACAAUGGCAGCGGGGGUCGUCUCAAAAUUGCCAAAAAUCAUUAUUUUGCAUUGUUUUUUUCCAUCAAAACUGUUUUCAAAGUGCUGCAACUUCUCAAUGAAUUGAGAUAGAGUAAAAGACUUUUCAGCGUCGGUUACUAGUUACCCUGAGAUCGACCUGAGGCCAUUUUUAGCCUGUCACAUGUCCAAAAUUUUCUUGGAGACGAGGGGGACUCCGCCCCCUUCAAACCCCCCAAACAGAAGGGGACACAUCCCCCUUCUGGCAACCCCCUGAUGUAAUAUUUGUAUGGGUUACGGCGCCGAAAAAGUGGUCACUUUUUUAAACAACAUUUCUACUCGUCGAAGUACUAAGUGUACUCGUAUAUGCAUAUAAAAUAUGAAUUAAAACUGAUUUUCUUUUGUAAAAGCAUUGUAAAAAUGUUGCUGUGAAUGAAUUUGAUUUGAAUCGAAAUACAAAA